AUGGCCUGGUACCGGAACCAGCUCCUCUUCUCGCCAGCCGCAGGCUCCGGCAUGCUGGGCUGCCGAAGCAGGCCGCCAGCCCUCGUCCUUGUCACCGCCGCCCUUCUCUUGCCCUUGCCCUUGCCCCCUUCCUCUGGCUGCCCAGAGGUUUGCAGCUGCUCCUCUGGGGAAGUCAACUGCAUGGAGCACAGGCUACGCUUCGUGCCCGACAACCUGCCGGCCAAUGCCACCAGCGUCCUGCUGGGCUACAACCGCAUUGCUGCCCUCCGGAACCGCACCUUCGUGGCCCAGCAUGCCCUGCGCCAUCUGAGCCUUCGCAGCAAUGCCCUGGUGAGCAUCCACCGCCAGGCCCUGGUGGGCCUGAGCCAGCUGAAGGAGCUGGACCUGAGCGGGAACUACCUGAGCGUCCUGCCGCCGGAGACCUUCCUGCCGGUGCCUGGCCUGAUCACGCUCAAUCUGGGGCACAACAAGCUCCGGGAGCUGGAGCCAGAGCUUCUGGGUGCCUUGCCCCACCUCCAGAGCCUCUCUGUGCACAGCAAUGCCUUGGCCGCCCUCUUGCCCGGCAUCUUCGAGAACCUGCCCUCCUUGCGCUACCUCAAGCUCGAUGACAACCCCUGGGCCUGUUCCUGCAGCAUCCAGCCCCUCUUCCAGUGGCUUGUUGACAACAUGGACAAAGUCCCAGAGGUGAAUUCUGUCUCUUGCAAACACCCGGCAUACCCCGCCCAGUACCCCAUCGUCGCCAUCGGGAAUGAAUCCUUUGCUCACUGCCAGGGGUCCUGGCUGCGUCCCCAGGAUUAUGCUUUUUUCCUGCUCAUCGGCCCAUCCACCUUCCUCACCAGCAUCGGCGUCUGCAUCCUUGUCGCCUCGCUGGCAGCGGCCCACAUCAGGAAGAUGGCCGUGUCAUACAUUCAGCCCGGGGCCCUGGCAAGGCGUGCGGAGCGCCGGCCACGCUAG